UGCCAAAAGUUGAUCAAUAUUCAUCAAAUGAUGUAAUAUCUACUGUAAUGUUGGGUAACAAAAUUUUUAAGGUUGCCAUUGAAACAUCUGACGGUAAAGUUGGAUUUACCGUUGGUUUUGACGUAAUGGUCAGUAUGUUACAUCUGAAGGUUGAUUGUAUUUUGUUAAUUACAAAAGGUUUUGGCAAUUUUUUCCUUUUAAAAGUUUUUGGAGAAAACGGACUUGAAGUCGAUUUUUCUGAUAUAGACAUCGAAGUGCCUGAAGUUGCACCUAUCGAUGCUGAAAAUGAAGGUGAAGUACAAAUACAUGGUUCUGUUCGUCGUUUUAGACGUAUGGCUGGUGAACGUUAUUUUAGGAUUCCGGAUCCUGUUUCACGGAUGGCUAGACUUCAUGAAGGUUUAAAAGAUAUCACUGUUAGGCUUAUGCAUCUCGAUCCACCUAAGCAAUUUACCAAUGGUACAAGACGGGAAAAAAAAAACAGGAGGAGGUUGGCGAUACGCGCUGACCGGUUGGAAGAAGUUCAUGAAAGCUGCUAGAAUUAACGUCCUUGACACGGUUCACUAUUCUUUUGAUGAGAAUGAGCAGGUGUUGAGUGUUGAACGAGUUGAACCUUACGAUAGCCGUACUAAUUAGUUA